AUACAACUUAGAUGGUACAUCCAUCUAUACAAUUCACGUUGAGGUGGUAAUAAACAAAACGGAUAAAAAUGAUGUCGGUGUAGUGUGAAUUUGUCACAAGAAAACGUCAAAAACGUUGGUUGACAUUUCUUAUCAUACUUUUUGUUUUUCCUACAAAUUCAAUUUCAACAUAUUUAUUAUAACUUUUAUUAAAUGGAGUGUUUCAGUUAAGUUAAUUCAAGCCACAAAGAAAUAACCUUUUGUUUUUACAUUAUCAUUACAAUAAUGAAGAUUAUAUCAUACUAAAAAUUGAAGGUUAGAUUAACAUACAAAAAAAAUACUACACUUAUAAUUUCCGCAUUUUAAGUUUUUUUUCGCAUAAAAAACUUAAUACUCCGAACAAUUUCAUAAAUAAUGACAAAAGAAAGAAGUCGUACACGACUUUUAAAUCCAAAUUGGUUAAGAGAUAGAGAAUUAGGUGUGAAAAGACGGUUAGGAUUUGAAGAUGCAUUUAGUGAAAAGUUAUAUUACAGUCUUUUGCCAUGCAAUUCAUGGGAUCAAUUCCAGCAUACUUCAAAUAAAAUUCAUGGUGGUGUGUUUAAUUUAGAAUUUUCACCAGAUGGGUCACUACUUGUGGCUGCUUGUGAAAAAAAAUCUAUUAUUAUGUUCGAUCCAUUAAAUCGAAAAGUGGUCAAAUCUGUGGAUUAUGCUCAUGGUGAUUGUGUUAAUUGUGUGAGAUUUUUGGAUAAUCGAACUUUUGCAACAUGUUCAGAUGAUAGUACGGUAGCAUUAUGGGACGCUAGAAACUUAAAACAUAAGACUAGAACGUUACAAGGACAUUCCAAUUGGGUAAAGAAUAUUGAAUAUUCACCCAAAGAUGACUUAUUAGUGACAUCCGGCUUUGAUGGAAGUAUAUAUACGUGGGAUAUAAAUAGUUACACGGAAAGUAGCUUAACGCAUAAACGUGUAUUUCAUACAAAUGGUUUAAUGCGCACGCGUUUAUCACCGAAUGCAUCAAAAAUGGUGAUUUGUACAACUGGCGGUUAUUUAAUUUUAAUACAUGAUCUCAAUUUAAAAACAUUGGCACAAGAUCUCUCUGGAUUUAAGCCAAAUAUGUAUCGUUUAAUGCAACUUAGUUCACAAACAAUACCUGUAGCAAAUGCAUUUAGUCAUCUAUUUUCACCGAAACGUACAAGCAAUCGAGUGGAAUUUAUCACAGAUUUUCCAGUUGGCGAUGAAGCUGAAGUUGUGAGUUCGUUACAAAUUCAUCCGCAUGGAUGGUGUUGUAUGUCAAGAAAUAUAAAUAGUGAUGAAACGUCAGAGUGGACCUGCGUUCAUGACAUACAAUCAAAAACAGUACAAGAAAUGGAAGAUUUCCAAAAUGAAGCUGACAAAUAUGAACAAGAGCCAGUAGCUGGUCAAUUUUUAAUAUCCGAAACAGAUACCAGCGAUAAUGAAGGUGUACCUUUAUCAGCUGGCACAAUAUCCGCCACAAUAUUUGGCCAAUUAGCUCAUGAUGUACGAACUCGAGCUUCAUAUCGAUCCGUUUCAUCGAUUUCAUUAUAUCGACCACCGAAUUUAUCCUCACGUGAAACUAGAGGUUCAGCGGCAGCUUCUUCAACAGUGGCCACUGCGUCUGGUUCAUCUUCAACAAGUACAACUAGCCCUUCAUCGGCAUCUACAUCAAAUGGAGCACCAUCAUCAACGGCCACAUCGGCUUCAUCUUCGGGUAGUUCGAGCUCCACAGCAACACGUCCGGCUAGACAGCAACAACAAAAUGCAUCCACUGGGGAGGUAAUGACUAGCACUGACGUGUGGGAAGCUUUAAUAGCAAUACGGGAGGCUCGUAUACGCCGUGAAUUAGUCAAUAGAAAUCCCGAAGGUAAUUUUAAUUUUAACAAUAUGCAAAGAAUAUCAAGUACUACAACCGGUAUACUAGGACCGAAUAUGAAUCUGAAUAACGGUAGCGAUAAUUCUGGUGAUGAAUCACCUACCUCGUCCCCAUCAACAUCUGGUCAAAAACGUAAACUUCAACAUCGGCAGUCAAAAACUAAACCUACAGCAUUAGUAUAUAAAAACAUGCCACGCUUAACACAUUUUAUUGAAGAACCCAACGUUGGAAAAGGUUUUAUCAAAGAACAAUGUUUUUCUCCAGAUGGUCGACUAAUAUGUUCCCCAUUUGGAUAUGGAAUCAGAUUACUAGCGUUCUCACCACAAUGUCAUGAAUUAUCUACGUGUGUGCCGGAUGAUGGUCCGGUUCGAUUAUUUGAACUUGGAACAAAUAUGUGCCAUUCGGAUAUUGUAGUGAGUUCAAAAUUUAGCCCCAAACAUUGUUUGUUAGUUACAGGAUGUUUAAGUGGUAAAAUAGUGUGGCAUCAACCAGCUAUGUAAUUUUUGUGUUUCAUUUUGACGUUUAAUAAUUUAAUUUAAA